CCAGCUCCACUUCAGAUCAAAUUAAAAUAAGCUUUAGUGAGAGCAAACCGCACGACCUUCCUUCAUCCUGUGUUUUACAUAUCACACACACACACACUACAAGGGACAUGUCCCUUUGUUGUUUUUAUGUAAGGCUAAUAGCAAUGACUGCAGACCAACAAUAUUGAUAAAACUUCAAUGUUUUGUAUUUUAUAGAUGUUUUUUUUUUUUUUAAAGAAUGGUAAAAACUUUAAAAUUCACAUUUCCUAUCAAAGACACCCAUAGAUUUUGUGAGAUUACGAUAAUAUUAUAAUUUAUAUUUUUAAUUAGUUUUUUUCUUAUUUCUUAUUUGUUCAUUUCAAGAUUAUUUUUAUUUUUUUCUCGUUUGUUUGAGCCUUAUACAGAAACAGAGACUCAACCAAUGGUGUGAGUUUGGGGGCGGGACUUUCUAUUUAUCCAACCAAUGACAGGUGAGAUGAGUGUCUCAGAAAGAUGUUUGAAAAAGGUGUUUUGGUACCAGUGCCACAGAUAAGAUGCACAAUACUUGUAUUCCUCAUUUCAACAGGCCUUUUUUAAACUGAACCUAAACUGAAACCUCUUUUGAUUGUAAAGUGUGUCAGUGCAUCCUUCUUUACAGCAAAUAACACCAGCUGUCUAUUCUGCUAAACAUUCAGACAUACUAGUAAUAAUAAUAUAUCAUGGGGGGGACGGGACUAUUUUUAAAACCAAGCAUUAUGUUUUCUAACAAAACACACAAAUUUGCAAACUGCAAACACUCCUUUGACCCUAAAUCUUGAACACGUUUGGACAGUGUGUGUGUGUGUGUGUGUGUCCAGACCUCCUAUCAGCAACUAAUGUGACCAAACAGGAGGGGGAAACCAGGACACACAGCGGGAUUAAAACACACACACACAUGCACACACACAGAGAGAGAGGGAGAGAGAGAGAGAGAGAGAGAGAGAGAGGGAGGAGAUACGAGACGCUCAGUUCACCAGUAGAUGGAAAGAGAGACAGAUGUGCUCGUGAGAGAGAGAGACAGAUCAUAAACACAGACAAGAGAAAAUCACACAGACGGAUGUAAGAAAGAAGAACAGAAACACACGGAGGAGUCCGAUCUCACAGGAAUAUAGGAGAAACAGAACGAGAGAAAGAGAGAGAUGAAGAGAUGCAGAGAUGAAGAACAGUCCGUUCACCUACACAACACUCUGUGAUGAAGACAGGCAAACAAUGAAUUUGAAGACUUUGACUGGAUUGAUGACAAGACGGAUGUGAAAACGGAUUUCUGACCAAUGCGAUCAUUUCUAAUGCUGUGGAAUACAACUUCCCCAAACACAUACCUGUAGAUAGUAUGCUUAUAAACGAAGGCCACAUCCCCUCCAGCUCCUCGUCAGGGGGCUGAGACAAUCAGACGAGGUCAUGGGCCGACGGGCAGCUGACACAUCCAAUGCGGUGCCGGCACUGGAGGUGCCUCUAGCUGGUGGUCGGGCUGUCCUGUCUCAGAAAUGGGGCGCUUUGUGCAGCGUUGGCGUCCAAACAUCGCCGGGUCUCCGCUCGCUUCCCUCAAUGAAGAAGAGGACUCAAACUGUCAGUACGGCCAAUGGACCGACUGCCGAAACAAUGUCGCUAGACCGGGUGAGACGUUGUGAAGUCAACGGGAGUCUUGUCGACAAGACAGUAUCCAGGAACCAUGUGGCACAGGACAGGACGUCCCAGGAAAGCGAUGUGUAUUGUCAAAUCAAAGCAAAUCCAAACCAAUCUGGACUAAGAGGGAGUUUAAAAAGAACCCCUCGGUAUGUUAACGGAAGUAUUGUUGCGCCAGAGGUGGUGGGUGGAGUUUGUAGUGAAGGGGCGGAGUCUGAGGAAGCAAGGCAGCAGAGUCAAACAAUGAUACGUGAAUGUAGGCGGGGUCAGUCGCUGAAAGGGGAGGCAGCCAGGCCAGCCACCUGCUCGUACAACACGCCCCCUCGCCCAUGUCGCAUGAUGACAUUAUCUCCCAGACUUUGCGCCAGCUGUGGGCGGAGACAAUCUCAAGCCCCACCCUGCAUGGCGCCUGCUUGUCGCAAACGAGCUGCCAGUCAGGUUCAAGCAAGCAUGACUCUUCCGACACCACCGAGGAAAAGCUGUUCGCCUCGCUUGCAGAAAAGAAACUCAACGGUUGGACAGCCAACGUAUGCGCAAAUUCCGAAUCACAUUUUGCAAAAUGCAUGCUCCACCCCUUCACAAUCCAACAAAAAAGAUGCGCAAACAGAGACAUCGACACAGUUUGAAAAACCCAAUAAUGACUCGACGACACACAAAACGCAACACACGCAAACACGAGUCAAAACAGAAUCAACCGCACAACAUGCACCACAAGAUGCAAAGGACAAGUGUGCGACUACGCAAACACACAAAUCUCCCAUGUCUAAACCGAUUGGCUGUGAGUCCCAAGCCACACCCACUCCUCCACCCAAGAAAGACUUGAAACCAAUACAGGUCAAAAGUAAACCAGCACCUCCAGAGCUUCUGAUUAGCUCAGGGACGGAGCCUAAACCACAAACCCCGCCUCCUCCUCCAUCAGAACCUAAAAAUGAGACGGAAACGGACUCUAAAGACACCCACCCACCUGCAACAGACAAUAUCCCACAAUGCAAAGGUGCACCUGGCGUUCUACAUGGACUGCUGCAAAAUGUAGAAGAAAAUCUGCUGUAUAAUCAGGAAAAGAUCAAAGUUCUUCUCAAUGUCAUUCAGGAUCUGGAGAAGAACAAAGCAAUGAGUGAAGGGCGUUGUUCUUACAGAACAGGUCAGGACAUCAACAACUGUUCAACCUGCCAGAAAACAGCCUGCAUUAUAUACAGUGUGGAGCACGACUUCCGUGUUCAGGAGGGACGAUUACAAAGCAUUCUGGAAGCCUUGGAUGAAGCAGAAUACGAUGUUCCUGCCCCCGUCCCAAAGCCCGCAUACAUGCGCCCUCGGACCAAAAGCCGCGUCAAGAAACUGCGAAAGAAGUGUUUCUGGUGGCUGUAGAGAGCCACCGCCAGCUUAGAUUGCCACAGAAAUUCAUAACUGAGUUUGUUUGCAUUCAUGGAAAAUGCACCAGCAUCACCGCUGUGGUUAUGAUGUUGAAAAUCCACACUUAUGGACAUAUAUGCUUCAUAACACAGUCCAGGAUAAAGGAUUUGUUAAAAGCAGUACUCUUACCGAACGGAUUAUGCUUUGAAAUAAUUGUUACAUUGUGACAAACUUCUCAAAGCCACGGCUGAACCAAAAGCUCAUCUGGCAUCCUGAAAACUUGAGGACCGUUUAAAACCCAAGGAUAACCACAAGACCUUGCAUCUAACCAGUCAAUAAAUCCCCUUCAUAGUGUCUGACAGAGGCAGAAUGCAGUCGAUAUCUCUCUUUACGCUGAUGGACGGAGUUUUAUCCUGACGGAGAUUCUCUGUCUCAUCUCCUCGUCAACGUUCGCUGACCUUUGUGUGUGGAUGGCUUUCGUCCCCGACUAAUGAAUGUCUAGCGCUCUGUGCCCAAACCUAGCAAUCUGCCUACCUACACAGCAUUUUAAGUAACCGGUAGUUGAGCCCCCCAUGCGGAGGCAGCUCUUCAAUAUAGGCCGUCUCAUAAGAUGCAACCACACUGCAUUGUCCUUAAUGGAAAAAUCUAAGUUCUUACACCUACUGCUUAAACAAAGAGUUCACCCAAAUAUUGAAAUUUGCUUAAAAUGAACUGAAUGAUUUGGAGAUAUGUAGCAUUACACCACUUGCUCACUAAUGGAUCCUCUGCAGUGAAUGGGUGCCGUCAGAAUGAGAGUCCAAACUCUUAGCUGAUAAAUAAUCCACAAGUAAUCCACACCACUGCAGUCCAUCAACUGAAGGGAUACUCCACCCAAAAAUGAAAAUUUAGUCAUUAAUCACGUACCCCCAUGUCGUUCCAAACAGGUAAAAGCUUUGUUCGUCUUCAGAAGACAAUGAUAUUUUGGAUGAAAACCAGGAGGCUUGUGACUGUCCCAUUGACUGACAAAUAAAAUACAAUGCCCAGAAAAGGUCCAGAAAAGUAUGAAAAGCAUCAUCAGAAUUGUCCAUCUGCCAUCAGUGGUUCAACCGUAACGUUAUGAAGCGACGAGAAUACUAUUGGAACGUUAAUAAAAAAAAAAUAACGACUUUAUUCAACAGUUCGUUUCCUCUGUGUCUCUCCGUAUCACUGUAGCGCCAUUUUUGAGAAUCGGAGCUGUACGCAGACAGUUUAUGCUCUUCUGUGUCAGCCGCGCCACAAGGAUAUAGUUUCUAUGUAUAUUUACACUUUGAUUUGAAAGAAAACAGCGUAUCAGUGCACCUCGGCUGACACAGAAGAGCGUAAGCUAAGUAAGUACAGAUCAGAUUCUCCAAAAUGGCACAACAGUGAUGCAGAGAGAAACAGAAGAGAUGAACUGUUGAAUAAAGUUGUUAUUUUUGUUUUCUUUGCAUACAAAAAGUACUGUAGUCACUUCAUAACAUUAUGGUUGAACCACUGAUGGCAGGUGGACUAUUCUGAAGAUGUCUUUCAUACUUUUCUGGACCUUGACAGUGUAUUUACUUGGCAGUCUAUGGGACAGUCACAAGCCUCCCAGUUUUCAUCCAAAAUAUCAUUUUAAAUAUCAAAUCAAAUCAUAUCAAAGCUGUUACUGGUUGGGAACAACAUGGAGGUAAGUGAUUAAUGACAAAAUUUUCAUUUUGGGUUGGAGUAUUCCUUUAAUGUCUUGAGAAGUGAUUAAGAUGUUUUUAACUUCAAACAGUUGCUUUUGUCCAAAAUACGAGUCUAGAAUCCUUAAUAACGCUUCCUCCAGUGAAAUAGUCUGUCCAAUUGUCCUCUCAUGUCAAAAUCAACACACAUAUUUGUUAAUAGCUUUGGAAAAUUUCCACUUGUAAACAGAACUUGAACUGUGGAUAUUUCUCUCCUCAUUCAGACGGGACUACGUUUUUACUGAAGAAAGCAUUAUUAUGGAUUAUGCACUCCUAUUUUGGCCGGAAGCAACAGUUUGAAGUUAAAAACUUCUUAACAAUGGAUUAAUUUCUUACAAACAUGCAGAUUUUCACUUGACAAGACAUUAAUCGGUGGAUUGGAGUGGUGUACACUACUUGUGUAUUAUUGUGAUGCUUUUAUCAGCUGUUUGCACUCUCAUUCUGACGGCACCCAUUCACUGCAGAGGAUCCAUUGGUGAGCAAGUGAUAUAAGGCUACGUUUCUCCAAAUCUGUUCUGAUGAAGAAACAAACUCAUCUACAUCUUGGACAUCCUGAAGGUGAGUGCAUUUUCUGCAAAUUUUCAUUUUUAGUGUGAACUAUUCCUUUAAUUGGAACCAAUCAGUUGGAAGCAAUCACACACUCUUUUUCAGUAAGGAUGCUGCCUAUUUAGACAGUAGGCAGCUCACUGGGUGUUGCAACUGACUUUAAAUGUAUUAAAGAAUGAAGUGCAGAAUUUAACAUUUUAUAGUUCUAAAAUUCUCAAGUUUCAAUGUGGUUCUAAAAGCAAAACAAGAUUGAAAGAGUGACUAAAGUGGCUGUUCAUACCAAACAUUCUUGCAUUACAUCUCACCAUUUUUGUUUGUACAUAUGAUCAUAAACAUGUAAUUUUAAGACACUGUCAAAUUAAAAGAAACUUUGUUUUUCAAAAGCCAUAUCACAUUUGGUUCCCUUGGGCCAUUUUUAGAUGUAUGUGAAUGACCCUGUGUCUCAUCAUAAUGACCAUAAUUACUAAAUGAGAUUCUACUCAGAAUUCUUCAGUUUCUCAGAAUCAGAAAUGAUUCAUUUCUAUGGCAACACUCCAUGCCGAAAUUACUGCAAAUUGCUGCAUAACACCAAAAUGGCAGCAUGUCCAGCUUUACUCAUGAUGAAAGAAAAAAUUAUUAAUCACUACAUUAAUUUACUGUACCUCCAUAUUCUCAGUGAUUGUGCAUCCUGUAACAAUAGUAAAGAUAAUACAUGUCUAGAGACACAGCAGCUGUUGUUUGACUGUAAUUGAAGCUGCUGCCAGUUUUAGCCGGAGUUUUCAUGAAAUGGUGAGUUCCUGACUUGUAAUUUGGAAGGUCGACAAAAACAUGGGCAGGUUUUACAACUUGGAAACUGGUAAUUAUGGUAAUUUCACCAUGACAUGAAAGUCCUAUUAAUGCAACAUGGAUGCAACCACUAAUUUCCUCACAAACACGUAAGACUAAAUUUAAAGUGUAAAUGUUUGAUGUUCUCACAGACAUUGUAGCUUUAAUGUUUAGAUUCAUUACACUGAUAAAUUUCUCUCUAUCAUUCACAUCGUAUCUUCUCAUAUAUACAGAUGAACACUUUUUGCUUCCUAGAGUACGAACACACAUGCUGGUUCAAACGCACGUCUUCCACUCCGUAUCUGUCCUCUGUUUAUGUCCAGACUUAAAAAUAUACAGUAUAUACAUAUAAACAUAUAAAAUAACAAAUAUUAAAAUCAAUGUAUUUUUAUACGCCGAUAUGCUAAUAGUCUAAGACUACAUUUCCCACAAUGCACUUCUUCUUCCUCCCUCCACUUGUUUGUAAUUGAGAUAUUUAAGAUGACAUCAAUAAAACUGUGUAUUUUAAUGCAGUAAAUGUUUCUGGUCUGGCAUUUGUUUGCUUUAGUAACCAAGUAUGAGCCAUAACAAUAGCGAUAUUUGACUUUAAAGAUAGAAAAGGAGAAUGAAAAGAGAUGAUCUAGUGGUUUUAA